CGACGCCCAAGCAAAAUACUACAUUAACUACAUUACCCAAAGUGCUAUUGAGAGCGCCACGCUGUAACCAUGGAAACUGGAAACAAUAGCCAGGUUGGUGAUUUUCCUGCCGUUGUGGUUUAUAUGUUUAUAUGGUUUAGGUUUUCCAGCAUACACUCAUUUGAGUUCAAGGUCAUUUAGUGUUUGGCGCCGUCUGCUGGUGGUUCUCUGAAACAGCAGCCUUGAGAAUGGAAACCGAAAGUGAAGUGGAGUGAAGAGUGAAGCAGGAAAACAGGGCCGUCUACAGCUCCAGCGCUUCCGGACGGAAUCUUUCUAAUGUUCCUGCUGUGAAAGGACUUUAACAGUGAUAAAGAAAUGAGUCGACUUCAUGAGGAAGUGGAGUUGGAAAAAUGUGUCAGGCGACUGAGAGAGAUGUUUCAUGGACAAAUUUCGAUCGACAAGGCGACAUUACUCAUGCGCCGAUACGGGAACAACUACCAGCUGGUAGCGAAGGAGAUCAUCCUGAUGAAAGACCGAGACCUGGACGAUGACGACAGAUGGUCUCUGGCAAACGAUCCUAUUGUAAAGAACGUGGUCGAGAAACUGCAGAACGAGGAACGAGAAACGGAGAAAAGAAAAGACGGACAAUCAGGAGCCAGUAACGAUCCUAGGGGCUCUAAGAAAUCUAAAGCAAACAAGGGGCCUGAAGAGGACAAAGACAUACAGGAGCUCGGGAAGAAAUUGUAUCACCUGCCUCUGACAGAGAAGAAUAAGCGCAUGUUCGAUCGUGUGCAGAAGAACCAAAUGCCCUCCGUCGAUCACCAGUUCGCCUGCGAGUUUUGCGACAAGAGCUGGUGGAGACGAGUCCCUGUGAGAAAGCCGGUGUCUCGCUGUCGCGGGUGCAAACAGAAAUACGACCCUGUGCCACUAGACAAGAGGUGGGGCAUCGGGGAGUUCAUGUGCCCUCGCUGUGCUCGAUCUUUCAAGGGGUUCGGCCGAAUGGACGUGGGAUCUCCGUGUUAUGGCUGUCGCUUCAUUGUUAAGCCAUCUCGCAUCCUGCCUCCACGCAAAAACUUGUUGGACCCAGGCAUGAGGAGACGACACCCGCACAGCUGCCUGGCCGAGGACUGCUUUAACAGACAGGAGCCUGACGUUCCUGGUACAGAGUGCGUGCACCCGGUCAGCAGGAAGAAGAACGGUAAGCCGCAGGUGGUGCACCCCAGCGAUCGCCACAUCAGCAGCGGCUCCACGGUGAACACGUGCCUGAGUCAGGGAAGCCUGUUGGAGGAUUUGUUUGACAUCAUCAUGGAAGACAUCCGCGAGGAGGAAGAGAGCGACAACGACGACUCAGGAAGCAGCACCAGCAGCUGAAGGGAAUGCCAGUGUGCGUCCACAGCUCAAAACCUUCGCCCUUAAGCACUGACCCAAAGACGUUUGAUUAUUGUAAAAUUCAUCUAAUGUGAAACUAAAUGUGGCACAGUGCAGGGAGUAGUGUUUCAAAGAAGCAGCGAUAUCUCUAGGAAUUUUGAAGAUAUCAUGAGUUAUUUUUCGGGCUGGUGGUUUGUAAAUGUUCUAUAAUCUUAAGGGAUCUCUAUCUGUGUAAACUUGCUCGAUUGACACCUAUGCAAUCUUUUUUGUGCCUAACACAGAAUAAGGUCGUAUUGUAUGUCAGCAAAUAUUAUUUAUUUCCCGAGUCAGUCAACAAUCCAUAUGCUUUUCUAUCAAGGGCAGUUUAGUUGAAGAAAUAUCAGCAAGUGUGUCAUGUGUUGCCUUGCCAUAAAAAAAAAAAAGUGCACUUAAAAACUGAAAUCACCUUCAAACUGUUCUCGUAGUUAGUUAAGUCAUAAGCAAAUGUUGAGGCUGAUGAUUUUGGUAAUAUGCAGCCAGGGAAACAUAUGCAGUUUUGCGUCUCUUCUUUUAAUCACUUCCUGCUUUUAAAUCACUUCCUGCUUUUGUAGGUUAGUGUGACACUGUAGUAGGGUUUCAGACAGCAUCCUUCCAUACUUACAUAACAUUGCUUAGAAAUGCUUUGCUGGGAUUGAAUAUAUAUAUAUAUAUAUAUAUAUAUAUAUAUAUAUAUAUAUAUAUAUAUAUACACAUAUAUAUAAACAUAUAUAUAUAUGUGUGUGUGUGUGUGUGUGUGUAUGCGUCAGAGGUUUUAAACAUUUCAUACGAUUGAAGAGUCAUUUCUAGAUUUUAUGAAGACCGCAAGUGUUAUUCUGUUUUAUUAAGAGAGUAUAAAGCAGUGAAUAUAUUGCUAGAGUUUAUCUAUUGGAAAUUGUACUCUUGAACAGCUGUUUUUGUUGUACAUUGCUGUUAAUUUAAAACCCACACAAUAUACCAGCUGAAGCACAAAAAAAAAAGCCUUUGAGUUCUGCUUUGACUGCUUUUGAACUUCCAAACUAACAAUUUCUUCAGAUUGAAGACCAGGGAAGUGACAUCCCUUAGAAAAAUAACCAUAUUUGGGGGGGUUUGCCCCUAGUCUAACAAGAUUACUGAGGUAUGUGAUCCAGGGAUUUAUUUAUUUUUCCUGAUGCGGGUGGUCAGAAAUGAAGUUAAUGGCAUAAAAUCUAGCCCUUUUCUCCUAACACCUUAUAAACCAGGCAUAUUUGUGUUCUUUUUACGGUGUAAAAUACAGCACUUUUAAUGUCA